GUGAUGCGUAUACAGCGGUGAUCGGUUUCCGGCGUAAGCAGCAAAGCGCGCAGAAGAAACGGGUAGACUCUCAGAGAUGUCGUAGAUCGUCGGUGGCUGUUCGACGAUUGAUUGUUAUGUUUGAACAUUUUGCCACUUUCACCGCAGGUGUUCGGUGAAAUAGCGUUCGGCAGUGGUCGCCACGUGGGAGUCAGUGAAGUGGUUUGUGUCGUCGUGUUUUCUCGCAAUCUUUCAAAGAAUAUUCUUCAGGAGAUUGCGAGGUUUUUUCGUUUUCGCGAUUCUCAACCGUGUUUCGCAUCAUGCAAUUCUACAAGGAGAAACUGCUGUCGCCUGGCCAGCUGAAACGGUUGAGCGAGCACAAGUACAGCUGCACGAGCAAUAGUCUUCUAGACGGUCUUCUGCAGCCCUGGUGGGACUGGUUGGUCAGCAAAGUGCCGCUCUGGCUCGCACCCAAUCUAAUCACCGUGCUCGGACUUAUCGUCAAUAUAGUUACUACCCUGAUCCUUGUCUACUACAGUCCGGACGCAAGGGCCGAGGCACCUAGAUGGGCUUGUUUUUUAUGUGCCCUUGGUCUAUUUAUAUAUCAGAGUUUAGAUGCUAUUGAUGGUAAACAAGCCAGGAGAACUGGUACAUCUACACCAUUGGGUGAACUGUUUGAUCAUGGAUGUGAUUCAAUAUCAACAGUAUUUGUUGCGUUGUCGGCUUGUAUAGCGGUUCAGCUUGGAUACUAUCCAACGUGGAUGUUUUUUCAAUGCUUCUGCGCGAUGACGCUGUUCUACUGUGCUCAUUGGCAGACCUACGUUUCCGGUUCUUUGAGAUUUGGUAAAGUGGAUGUGACAGAAGCACAGUUUACUAUCAUAGGAAUUCACAUGAUCUCUGCAAUCUUUGGCCCAGAGAUCUGGAUGAUGGAGAUACCAUUCUUAGAUGGUUUUAUGUUAAAGUAUUUAUUAGGAGUUAUGACAGUGGUGUGUGCACUGGCAAAUUUGUAUUCCAUAUUUUCGGUGAUUUUCACCGGAGGAGUGGGCAAGAAUGGUUCCACUGUGGCUAUCCCCGUGCUUGGUCUAGGCACGCUCAAUAACUACGUAGCAGUGAUCUUUUAUGCAGGCUUCAUUCACGUGUUCCUUGAAUUCUGUAGAGUCUUUGAAUCCGGUGGGAUUGGAAAAAACGGUUCCACAAUUGCAGGAACAUCCGUUUUGUCGCCAAUUAUACCGUUUAGUUUCGUGAUAGUUCCAGCUUUUAUAAUAUAUAGGAAAAGUGCUGAGCACGUCUAUGAAAAUCAUCCGGCUCUGUACAUACUUGCAUUUGGAAUGGUCGCCGCUAAAGUUACCAAUAGAUUAGUGGUUGCUCAUAUGACUAAGAACGAAAUGCAAUAUCUGGACAGUUCGUUAAUCGGCCCGGCCAUGUUAUUCCUUAAUCAAUAUUUCAAUUUCUUCAUCAAAGAAUAUUAUGUUCUUUGGCUGUGUUUCAUCUGGGUUACUCUGGAUCUCUUACGGUACAGCGCUCAAGUGUGUCUUGAGAUAUGCGAUCACAUGAAAAUCAAGCUGUUCAGGAUACCGUGCAACCAGACGAGCACUAUCCAGGUGUCCAACGCUGAGAAAAAUGUGCACAUGAUGGUGGAGGAGGAGCCGCUGUUAGACGAGGAAGACCACGAUUCCACGACCGUUGACCUCUGAUAUUAGCGUUAAUGCUAAUUGUUAAUUAGCCACACACGGCCACAACUUCGAGCAAUCGCGACCGGGAGGGGGGGCCGAUUAUUGUGAGAUUAUCGUUCAAUAUCCGCUCGAGCGGAUUAUUGACAUAUGUAUGUAGCGAUAUGCACGAGGGAAUGAUUUAUCUGUCUCAUGCCUUGCGCGAAUGCAUGAUGUAUUAAUUCCUGCGUGCGGUGCUCGCCCGUAGACGUAAAAAAUGUCCCUUGUAUUCUUCUUUUUGUAUGCGCAACACUUUGUAUAUUGUUUUCUAUAUACAACAUGUACACUUACACAACAAUAUGCGAACAAACGUGUGAGGUAAUUGACAGUACAAAGUGCGCUAAAAAUUGUUAGAACAAAUUGCGCAUUUAGCGAAACAACGAUGUUAUAAUUGUGUAAUCGACGUAACAAUAUGUGUUGUCAAAGAGUUCUGCAUUUACAAGUCAAACCAUUUUCUGUUGGGUUUGCGAUUGUUAAGUUCGUUAUUGCUUAAACAGUAGAUUAUUACUUAAAACAGUAUAUAUAACACAAAAAGAUUAUACAUCACACUGUAGCGUUUAUUGUGCGUACACACACACACAGAUGUUUCGUGCAAUAUGCAAAAUCUAACACUGGAGAUACUUAUGAUAAAAGUCAAAUUGACUUUCAUUUUGAAUUGUAUAUUUCAUAUCUCGUAAGAUUUGUAUAAAAAAAAAAAAUCUCUACUUUACACAGCUUAUAUUUGUUUAAAAAACGUGACAGUAUAGAAAAGCAGUAUUUUUUUUUUUUUUAUUAAUUAAAACAAUAUCUCGUAAGAUUUUACACGCAUAAGUAAGUUUGUCGUUUUGUAUAUUUUAGUAUGUGAUGCAGAAGUGAAUCAUUGAAUAUGUUAAUUAACAAAAAUGAACACUACAGUAUGACGCGCAAAUAUUAAUUGUAGAUUUUAGUUCUUUUAUGAAUGAAGUAUAUUAAUGGGAUAUAGCGUGCACACGAAAAAACAAUUUGUAUUUGUCCGUCACAAAGAUAAAAGAUCUUAUUAACAAAACAAUUAAACAUUUCUUUGUUUUAGGAAUGUUUGAUAUCAUUCGUAUCUUUUACGACCUAAUCUGUGGUGUUCAUACACAUACAACGUAAGAUAAUUUUGCAAAUAUAGAUACUAAUAUACUUCUAUAUCUCUCAGUGAUCGUAAUAUUUAUUAUAAUUUAUAUAAUUCAAAACAUAUAUAUUUAAUAAAAUUUAUACAAACGUGAAAACAAUGAAUGUCUUUUUGAGAAAGAGGGGGAGGGGGAGAGAGAGAGAGACAGAGUAAGUGAGUGAGUGGAUGUUUUCUUUUAUCUGAAAAAAACCCUAUUUCAAAAUUACUUUAUCAAAAUUACUAUAAAAUACAUCUGCUCGAAGAAAUUAGAAGAAUUACAUAAGAUAACAAUGUGUAGAACGCUCGUAUUAUACAACAAAAAGUAAAUUAAAUAGGUAGUAAGCGAGCAGAUAAGGUGUAAGCUUCUAAUUAAUGACACUUACUUGACAAUUCGUAUUCUUUUAUCUUAGAUGAGAUCAAGAAACGUUUUUAAAUACAACGGUUCUCCCUCUCUUCACAAUGUUACGCAGAGUGGGGAAUAAUAUAUAAAUUGUUGUCUCUUGUCUGUUUUUCGUCUUUCUUAAGAAUCAUGUUUACAACAUGUAUGUGUGCGGUGCGUAAUUUGUUUUUUUCAUAACACACAACACGAUUAUGUAUUUAUAUAUUGAAGUAUGAAUUUUUCUUUCUGUUUAUAUUUCAUGUUUUUAUAUACGCGAACUCUUGUUCUUUUAACUUAAUGACAGAUCUUUU